AUGGAUAUGAAUUCGGGUUUGGAAUAUGUAGCUGAUUUUCUUCAUUGGAAUGGAUAUAAAUUUAGUUUUGGAGUUUGUAGCUUUUAUUCUUUUAGUCUAUUUUGGCUACAACUUCUUUUAUCUCUUCAGGUAUAUAGUCGAUCUUCUUCAUUGGAAUGGAUAUAA